AUGAAGAUCCUUUUCCUCACCAUAGCACUAAGCCUGUUCAUCAUCCUACAAGCUGGGCCCACAUUAACUUCUGAAAAUGUGCUUAAGGGCACAUACUAUAUAAACACUAUUGUGUCAAGCAUGGAAUUUCUUGAGAAGAACGAUGUGACUAUGUCACCCUUGACCUUUUCUCAACUUAAAGAUGGUAACAUGGAGGUCACACUUACCACCAAGCUUAAUGGCAAGUGUGAAGAUUUGAAAGUAAAAUUGGAGAGAACAGAAGAUCCUGGGAAAUUCAGUGUAGAUGAGGGCAAACGCCAUGUAUAUUUAACCAAGACGUCUGUGUCAGAUCAUUGGAUUAUCAUUUGUGAGGGCGAGCUCCAUGGCGAGCAAAUCAGAGUGGUCAAACUUGUGGGUCCAAACACACAUGCAAACCCCUUAGCAAUGAAUGAGUUUAUGGAGUUCAUCAAAAAGGAAGGCCUUGGUGAUAAAAGAAUCAUCUCUCCCAGACAAGAAGGAGGAGACAUUAUGUUCAACUUCAGAAUCAAGGAUAUCCAGGAAAUUCCAGCCAUCUCCUCAAAUGAUUAA